AUGGAAGCAAGUAAUUGGGGAACGGCAUCAUAUCUUAGGCAACUAUUUGCUAUGCUACUUUUAUCAAAUUCAAUGUCACGUCCAGCAAUUGUUUGGCAAGCAACAUGGCAUUUACUAUCAGAAGAUAUCCUUCAUGAAGAAAGAAGAAUAUUGGAUCACCCAGAAGCUGAGCUAACAGAUGAAGAAUUGAAAAGUCGUUGUUUGCAAAAGCUUGAAAGUUUUUUGAAAGGUUGUGGAAGAAGUUUUCAGGAUUUUCCAACAAUGCCAAGGCCUGUUUAUAAUACGGAAGAAGUUGACAACAGUAAUAGAUUAAUACGGGAUGAAUUGCGUUAUAAUAAACGCGCUUUGGCAGAGGAACAUCAAGAAUUAGUAAAGAAUUUGACAGAUGAGCAAAGAUCAGUUUAUGAAAAAAUAAUAAGAGAUGUGAAUGAAGACAAAGGUGGAUUUUUCUUUUUAUAUGGUUUUGGAGGAACGGGCAAGACUUUCAUUUGGAGAACUCUAUCUUCUGCCAUAAGAUCUAGAGGAGAUAUUGUGUUAACUAUUGCAUCUAGCGGGAUUGCAUCUUUGUUGUUACCAGGUGGUCGAACAACUCAUUCAAGAUUUGUGAUUCCUCUGAAUGUAACUGAAGAUUCAACAUGUAAUAUCAAGCAAGGUACUCCUUUAGCUAAUUUAAUUAUUAAGGCAAAGCUGAUUAUUAGGGAUGAGGUACCCAUGAUGCAUAGAUAUUGUUUUGAAGCUCUUGAUAAAACUUUAAGAGAUAUUCUUAGGUUUAAAGAUCCAUCCAAUUUACACCUACCAUUUGGAGGUAAAAUAAUUGUUCUUGGUGGUGACUUCAGACAAAUAUUACCUAUCAUUCCAAAAGGUAGUAGACAAGAUAUUGUUAAUGCUUCUCUCAAUUCUUCUUAUUUGUGGCCUCACUGUCAACUCUUAAAGUUAACAAAGAAUAUGAGAUUGCAAGGUAAUGAAAUAGGGAGACAUGUAGAUGAGUUGAGAGUUUUUUCAAAUUGGAUAUUGGCAAUUGGCGAUGGUAUAGUUGAGAGUACAUAUCCAGAUUUUAACAGCCGCUGCAAUGAUAUAGGAUACCUCCAGCAAAGAGCCAUUCUUACUCCAACUCUUGAUAUGGUGGAAUCAAUCAACGAAUAUAUGAUUUCUCUUGAUCAAAGUUCUGAGAAAUCAUAUUUGAGUUCUGAUACAAUCUGCAGCUCUGACAAUACUUAUUCAGCACUGGAACAUGUACACACUCCUGAAUUCUUAAAUACAAUUAAAUGUUCUGGAGUUCCAAAUCAUGCCCUUACUCUAAAGGUUGGUAUUCCAGUAAUGUUAUUAAGAAAUAUUGAUCGGUCAGCAGGAAUAUGUAAUGGAACAAGGUUGAUCAUAACUAAACUUGGAAAUCAAGUUAUUGAAGCCAAGGUGUUACCGGGACAGAUGGCCGGACAGAAAGUGUUUAUUCCAAGAAUGACAUUGACUCCAUCUGAUGCUAGAAUUCCAUUUAAGUUCCAGCGAAGACAAUUUUCAAUCAUUGUUUCUUUUGCCAUGACAAUCAACAAAAGUUAA